GAUAGUUCGCGAAUCCGGCGAAAGGGAUUUUUAAGGGCUGGUAGGCUCCCAACCCUUAACUAAUAAGGAUCGCUGACAGUAAUAAUCAAUUUACCGUUACCACCUUUUUCCCCUCUCUCUCUAUAUAUAUACAUAUAUGUGUCUUAAGUGUAUUUUCUUUCAAAAUUUAAUUUAAAAAAUUAAUUUUCCCUAAUUUUUAAAAUUUCAAAAUUAGAAAUUAAAAUUUUUUUUUUUGAAAACUGUCGACCGCGUGGAAAGCUGGCGUUAAACAAACGUUGGCACUUUAAUCCCCCGUGACACAGUUUUGUUGUUUUCAUAAAAAAUUAAAAAUAUUUCUCUCAUUUAUUUUCCAUGCUUUAAUCAAGUGUCGUGAGUGUUUCUCUUUUUUCUAUCUAAUAUUUUAGAAGAAGAAGAAGAAAAAAAAAGAUGAGCGAUUAAAAGUGAAGUUUUUCGGUGACAAGUGUUAACGAAAAAAAAAAAAAAACUUUAAAUUCAAGUGUUUUUCUUUUUCUCUCUCUCCUCUUUUUGCAAAAAUUAAAAGUUUUUUCUUUUGUUUUUAAAGUGAAAGUUGUUAAAGUGUUUUUGAGGAUAUCAUGUAUCCUCGAAGGCAACCCUUUAAAAAGGGUUGAUGUUGUGACGAUAAUCAUUCAAAAUAGGUCCAUCAAGUCCAGACGGCGGUCCCGCUUAUCGCUCCGACAUUGAAAGAAAGUGGACUUUCAAACUUGUGAGAAUGCGGGACCGGCUAACAUGGUACAUGGUCUUUUUGAUUCUGCCGACAAUUUUACUGGCUCGCUCCCUCGAUAAAGAUCGGAGAGUACCUUAUAGUAUACCCUCGGAUUGGAGGGCACUUUGGUACAGUAAUCUCGACGAUCUACAAAGAGUCAAUGAAGCGAACGACAACAACACCAUGUCUAAUGAAACAGUACAGAUGGGCGCUACCGCCUUUUUACACUGUGAAGUUCGCAAUUUGGGAGAGAGAACUGCCUCGGAUGCUGAGGUGAGGACCAAAGACUCGAUAAAAAAUUGCCAACAGGAAACAGCUCUCCAAAAAACAAACAACUUUAUUGAUCCUAAAAUCAACUGA